AUGAGUGCUGUCGGUUGCUUCUGCGACUACGAAUGCCACGCCUCAAAUGACUGUUGUGCAGCUGUGAACAACUCCCUAUCUCCACUUUCUUUCGAAGAGAAUGCUGUUCCAUCUGCGUGUCUGAGUGUUGAAAAUGUAUUUCUAGACGACAUAAUACUUCCAAGAGGCAAUUAUGUCAGUGCAUUCACCCAUUGUCCGUCUGAAAAGACAAUUGAUGAAGAAGUGAAGUUAGGCUGCGAGGAGGCUAAUCUGAUGCUGCUUGCCAGUCGGGAGGAGAACCCAUUGCAGUGGCUGCGGGCACACGCGCGUUCAAUAGUUCCCGUAGUGGGUUUUCGCGAUAGGCGACUUUAUGGCAAUAUUUUUUGUGCCAUUUGCAAUGGACAGUUCCAGGACCAAGUUUAUUUCUCACCUAUUCACUUGGGUUGCAGAAAAGAAGGCAAUAUAACGGAAUGCCUUGUUAGUGUAAAACUUCCAGCUAGUUUUAGUCGACCAUGCACUCCUCUGGGUCCAAGAGCCUUUAUGCCAAGAGGUAUGUUCCUCAGUAUGGACGAUCUCUUCAUCAUACCCGAGGAGUACCUCAACAACCAAUACAUCGAUCUGCCUCUCAAUUUCGAAAAAAAUGAAAAUAUCAACAAUAACGACACCAAAACAAUGGAUUCUAAUGCAUCGUCAAAUGUGGUAUACGAUCGAGACAAUAGUGACGAAGCUUACGUUUGGGUCCAACUAGCACUACUUAUCUUCUCAGUUGUUGGACUAACUUUGAUGCUCGUGGUUUACGGUGUAAAUGCGAACUUGAGACGAUCAUUGGCUGGCAUCCUAACAAUGGGACUCGGAGUGGCGCUACUGCUGAUGGAGGUGACAUUUUUGAUCGUCGCAUUUGCCGUUCCUGAGGUAAAGAAUCGUGGAUUUUGUGUCUGCAUGGUGGCUCUGCUCUUGUACUCUCUCCUCUGCAGUUUCACGUGGAUGACACUCUUUGCUACGCAGCUUCUCGUUACUUUCGGAAAUUGUAGAAACUGCAUUUUGUUCUGUUGGAAGUUCCUUACUUGCAAAUGGAGCGCAAAAACGGUAAGGAAUUGCGAAAUGCCCAGUUAA